AUGCAUCUCGCCCGGAGGCGGGUAGCCCAGCACACCUGCUCCGGAGCCUCCCUCCGACCCACCGGUGACCGGCACACCCUCAAGCCGACGAUGGCCAACAUCCCUGCGCCGGGCUUGCUCCGCUCGAUCGACGGCUUGGAUGACUCGGACCUCAAACUCAAGCUGAGGACGGCGGGGGUUGUCGUCGACAGAUCGGAAAGCCACUCGAGCAUCGUCUUGCGCUCCGAUUCAGCAUGUCUGAUAGUCGAUUGCACCAUCCCAAUGGCAGCUGAUUCACUAUCAAACUAUCUGCCUCGUCUCACCAACCGACUAAUUGUCCUUGGUUAUCUCCGUCUGGCAACCAACGAGGAAACCAGACGACAUAAACCAUUUGCGUGUAAGUAUUCACUGGAGGCUUUGAUUGUCAAACAAGCUCCAGGACUCAACCUACUGGCCUGGGAGGAGAGUCUUGUCGUAGAUUGA